UUCAACGCUGUUCGGCCCGUUGAGUCAACCCGACCCGACCCGUGCACGACCCAAUAUGCCAAAACGUGAAGGCUACACAUCAAAAGAAACAAUCCAGCAAUGUUAUAAUCGCAGAAUCGCACAAUCGCGAUCCCUCCUUCCCAAUGUCACGCGGGCCGCCGGCGAAUGGCGGAGCUCUGGCGAGCAGGAAGUCGCUGAUCUUGAAGGAGCGACCGAAACCAGGCAAGCGUCUGGCGGAGGUUGCCGGCGGGAAGGCGGCGGAAUGCGCCGCGGUGGCCUGCUGUUGUCCCUGUAGCCUCGUCAACCUUCUCAUCCUCACCGUUGUAAAGAUUCCGAUGGGUCUCUUUCGCCGUGUGAUGAGGAGAAGGAGGAGGAAGAUUAAGAGGCUGAAGAAGAAGAAGUCCGGCCUGCUCGGCGUGGAUUCCAAGGCAUCUGCUCAGAACAUUAAAGCUUCGUUCUCCCCAAAGGCGGCUGAACCACCCAUACCUUGGCCGGCGAAGUCGCCGUCGACGGAGGUAUCGGAGAUGGAGGAGAAAAUGUGGCCGGAGUUCGUCGGCACCGGAUUCUGGCGCAGCCCUUCGCAGAAAGAGAUAGUAAUCAGUAAUCAAUAAUCAAUAAGAAAAUCUUGUCUUGACAGCCAGCUCUGUUUCAGUUUCAGGGAUAAAAAAGAUGGCUUUUUUAAUCUGAUUUUCUCUGCAAGAUUUCAUCUUUAUUUUAAUAUUAGUUGAAAAAUGUGGAUUUGAAGAAGAAGAGGAGGAGGAGGGAGGUUUGUGGUUUGUUGUUCUGCGAUUGAUUCAGAAGGGGUGAAGAAAUUCUUGAUUCAGAUGCUAAUAAUGAUUUCGGAAUGAUUUAAUCUUGUUGUACUUUCGCAUUAAA